AUGAUAAGGCCGAUUGUUAGGUCAACACGAAUAUCACGCUUCCCUCGAAUAGGUAUACCGACGUACCUUGUGGCAAGGAUAGCUCCAAUACGACGGAUUCAUUUGAAAGAUUAUUACGAACCUAAAGAUCCAAUUCAAGGGAAUUUAAUCGCAUUGAAGACUCCCAAACCCACACCAAAGAUCUUGAAUCCAGUAAAUAAUGUGUCUGAAAUCAUUGAUACCCAAACAUACGAAGCACAGAAUAUAGAAGAAGCCGUCAAGGAAAACGAAUCUCAACCGAUUGUGGGCUCUUUGGUUUAUUAUGGAAGAUUAGGUUUAGUGUUAAAAGAAUCCAAUUCUCGAUUUGAUGGAUCCUCAGUGAUAGUAUUAAACGAUAUGAACGAAAUAGAGACCGUUAGAGUGAGUCAGCUUAUACAGCAUUUUCAUGGAGUGGUAGAUGCCGAAUGGGUCAAUAACUUGAAGCUUUUAAGCAGUUUCCCAGAAGAUUAUUCCAGAGGUUUGAUGGUGGAUUUGUUGAGAGAAUUUUACCUUCGUUCUGAGUCAUUUCAAGUACAAGUGGGCCCUAGUAUUGAUAUAUUGUAUGCUCAGGGCCAUCAUAUUAUUCACCCUAUCAAGGUAAUUAAAGAUAUCAGUUGUUCAAAUCAUUUCGAUCAAUCAUGUGCAUUAAUGUCCAUAUAUUUACAUGUUCAUUCAAAACCCGAAAAGUUCAUGAUCAUGAAACUAGAGGCUUAUCUGUCAUUAUUUCCACCUGUAAGAAGAUAUAUAAGUAUCAAAGAAAGUGUUUCUGACCUCGUAAGGGAGUAUUUGGCCAAUCCGAUCUCGAGUGAUGUGAUGGUGGAAGGAGAACCCCAUGGAUUUUUCUCUAUUGUUCAUCCGGAAUAUAGAGGUCUUCUAGAAACCAUGAAAUUGAGUAUCAUUCAUCCUCAUCCCGUGCUUCUCGAAGCUUUGAAUUCAAAUAAAUCUCAAAUUCUCCGUAAAUUAAAACACUGGGGAGUUUACACCGACGAUACUGAUAUAUAUGCAUCAUGCUUGUUUGAUCCUAUGGUGGAAAACAAAACCUCAGUACAAAGUGCCAAAGAGGUCAAACCAAAAAUCACAGUUCUGACUGAAUUGCAUGAUUAUUUCAGAUACUUAAGGAAAGAGUGCUUCGACACUAUUUAUGCCUUUAAUGUUAAUAACACCACCAUUGGAAUUUCGUUAAACAAACGUAAUAGUAGAAACUUCACCAUAAAUUUGCAUAUCCCCGAUGUUUCUACGAAAUUAAGCCCCGAUUCCGACGAGUUCAAUUCUUUAAUCAACAAAACUGAAAAUAUGAGAUCGAUUACUACCAAAGGAACGAAUCCCAUAUUCGAUUCCAAAUUUACCGAAUCCUUAAAUUUCCAGGGAAGAAUGAAAGACAAACAGUUAGACAGGUUAUCAGAUUUAUUCAAUUCCAAUGAUUCAUUCAAUCCCGAUACCACCUGUUUAACUAUCUCCGUUCCCUACAACACCUUUGAAUCCAACCCUUUUGUAAAAUAUGAUAAAGAUGAAGCUGUUGACACCAAAAUACAGUUAAGUUCCAUAUCUUCUGAAAAAAUCAAGUUCUUAGAUGAAGCAUUCCUUGGUAAAGCCAUUAAUGGGAAAUCAAGUACUUUACCUAUUCAUGUUUUCAAAAGUGCACAUAAAGAUGAAUUAGAUAAUGAUACUUAUUACACUUUAGGUUUCAUGUAUGAAUAUUUACUUACCCACUCGAAACAUAGAAACGUGAAUGGUGCUUCCAAUUACCAAAACAUCCUCCCCCAUGAAGCUCGAACCCCAAAAGGGAAAGUUGAUUUUUUCUUAAGAGAACUACAGUUAUUUGCUUCUAACGUAACAAACAAAUAUGCAUUUGAUAAUGGAAUACCACUAGUUAAAAGGGUUCAAACUUUGUCAUCAUCGACAUUUGAUCCUGCUAAUGACGAUGCUUUGGUUUAUCACAAUAACAAGUUAUUACCGUAUUAUCAUGCCACAUCAUAUUUCCAAUCGUUAUUGUCAAGAGACGAAAACGGGAAUGUUUCAUUAUCAGCAAAGGUGAUUGGUAACAAGUAUUUGAAAAGGCCCUAUUUCACAUCCACCAAUGUUCACGAUUUCCCUUCAGGUCUUAAAUUAGGAUAUAGUGAGAUCUUGGAAGUGUUCGAUUCCACCUGGUCAAUUUUGAACCAAUUUCAACUUUUAAGUUUCUUACACUUAGAUUAUGUCAACCAUAAAUCUAUGAGAUUGAAUAGUAACUUCAAAAACAAAUUUGGAUUCUUAAAACGAAAAGGUUAUAAUGUAAACGGCCCUUUACGAGAACAUGUACUACAGAAAUACAUCCAACCAAUGGAUGAUUCUACAGCCAUUGCCGAAUGGAUAGAAUCCAAUUGCCAUAAAUAUGAAACCUUGAAGGUUUGGGAGAAAACGCUCGAAUCCGAAGAAACACUUAACCUCCAUUGUGUGGUUACUGAUAUAGGUGAAGAUUUUGAUAGAGGAAAAUUGGUAACUGUCGAAGUUGAGAAUUGGGAUGUUAAAGUUGAAAUGGUAACUUGGACAAACAUUCAGGUGGGUCAAGUAUUAAAAUCUCAUGAAGUGAUUCUUCUAAAUCCUAUUGAAGGACUUUGUAUCUUGAAAGAAUCUUUCUUGUAA